AUGCCUAUCAAUACCUCCUCGUCCGACGAAGGCGUGACCGGCGCCGCUAAAUUCGUCACCUCGACUCUUGGUAACACGGUCGGCGGCCUAGCACGCACGGUAGGCGGCGUGACGGGCGCUGCAGGGCGCGGGAUAGGCGACACAAUCACGGGAGCGACGGGCUCCGCGGGCAAGCCGCUCGGUGAUGGCCUCGGCAAUGCCCUUAGCGGCGUCGAGUCCGGCACCAAGAAGGUCGCGCAGGGCGUCGAGGAUGCGGGCCAAUGGAAGAGCGGUGGGAAGAGGCUUUAA